CGCAAUCAAAUCGCACGUGUUCGCGUACUUCGAGGCGGAGAAAGCCAAGAUCGAUCCCAAGCAUCCAAUCCAAUCCGAUACAAUACACCUCGAAAAACCGCGCGUGCCUGCAAAAAGUAAAAGAAGUGUGGUAAAACACAAAACUGAAUCAAUUUCUGUGCGGAGGCAGCCGGAAUUAUGCCUCGCCAGCUUCGCCGUCGUCUUGCUGUGCAUUGAAAUCGAAAUCGAGUCCAAUGACCAGCUCUCGAGCUGGUGCUUAAGAAAGAGUUUUGCACUUUGAGACGGUUUGAGGCGCCGGUCAACGAGCAGGUCUUGACCCAAAGAUCCCGCUUUAUAAAUACAUAAUAUAGCCCAGUUAUAUAAUCGCACUUGCAAUUGCAAUUAAAACUAAAAGUAGUGUGAAUUUGCCAAAAAAAAUAUAAACGGAAAAACAUGUGGUUAAAGUGUGUGAGGAAGCAAAAAAGUGCAGACUUUUGGCUGCAGCUGCUCUGCGCGAGUUUUACACUCUUUUUGCGCCUGGAAUUCGCCGCUGGUCAAAAUGCGGGAGUUGUGGCUGCUGCGGUGGCGGCUGGUCAAAAUCAGACGCAAGUCUAUGUGACGGAUUCUUGCCUGCAGAAGCCAUACCGCUGUCCGCACCCGAAGAUCCAGUUCUAUCUGUACACCAGGCGCACCCAGGAGCAGCCGGAAUUCAUCGAUGUCCUGGAUGCGAAUGCCCUGUACUACACGCACUUCAAUCCCCGCCAUCCCACCAAGAUCAUAAUCCAUGGCUUCGGCGGCGGUCGGACAUUGAGUCCCAGUCCGGAUCUUCGGGAGGCCUACUUCAGUGUGGGCGAGUAUAACAUCAUCAUUGUGGACUAUGCGGAUGCCGUGAAGGAGCCCUGUUUGAGUCAGAUGGACUGGGCCCCGCGUUUCGGAAGUCUUUGCAUCUCACAAUUAGUAAAAUACCUCGCUCGUCAUCCCCGCGGCGUUCAGCCGGAUGAUCUGCACUUCAUUGGCUACAGUGUGGGUGCCCACAUCGCUGGGCUGGUGGCCAACUAUCUGAAGCCGGAGGAAGGAAAGCUGGGCAGGAUUACGGCGCUGGAUCCAACGAUAUUCUUCUAUGCGGGAGCGAACAACUCCAGGGACUUGGACACGACAGAUGCCCACUUUGUGGAUGUCGUCCACACUGGAGCCGGAAUCCUGGGCCAGUGGCACUCCAGUGGCCAUGCGGAUUUCUAUGUCAACGGAGGCACCAGGCAGCCAGCUUGUGUGGGAUCAGCCACGUUGUUUCAAACCUUGGCCUGUGAUCACACGAAAGUAACACCUUACUUUAUUGAGUCCAUAACCACGACUCGGGGAUUCUAUGCGGGUCCUUGCCCAAACUUGUUUUCCUACCUGAUAGGUUGGUGUGAGCCCAAGGACUCGGAAUAUGUGCUAAUGGGCGAACACUGUUCCCACAAAGCUCGAGGGAAUUAUUAUGUGACCACCAAUGCCAAGGCGCCUUUUGCUCGGGGAUUUCCGGGCAAAGGACGAUCCAAUGGAGAAUACCAGGGAGUACGGAGAUAAUGUUUUGUAUCUUGGCCAAGUCGGAAUUUUACAUUGAUUUGUAUUCGAAUCGUUUUGGAAAACCACCUGGAUUUAUUAUGCAUCUUUUACACCGUAGCACUCAUGUGAUUUUAGCUUGUUUCCUAUUCGAUACCUAUUUAUUUCAUAUUUUUGUUAUUAGUUCUAAAUGCAGCCAUUUUUCGUUGGGACUUGUACAAAUAAAUAUUUAAGUUUUAUGCUGAAACAAGUGUGGAAUAAAAAACUCGUAUUGUUUGGCAUAAUUUUUAACAUGUUCGUUUUAUUGAAUUCCAAAUACAUUUCAUUGGGUAUAAUUUUGUCCUUUUUUCACGACCUUCAAAUAUUCGGUAUUCGUAUAACCGGAUUUCAUGCAAGGGGCUUGUAUCUAUACUUCUGUUAACCAAAUGUAGGCUGUUUUUCAAAUUAAUAGUGGGUUUCCUGUGUCUUGAGUCUUAUUUACUCGUUUAUGUUUAGGAAUAGUUAUUUGUUUUAUUCUUGUUAAUGAGCAUACACUGAAAUAUAUAAGUAUUUAUUUUAUUUUGGUUUAACUACCAUACAAAUUAUACAACAUGGGCGGGUGUUGCCAGAAAAGGGAUCUCCGAUGGUGUUUAAUAUUUUUAAUUUCGAUUUAAUAUUUUAUAUUUCGUAUGCAGAACUCUCAGUAAACACAAAGAAUAUUUUGUUUCUAAUUAUAUACACGGUUUAAGUAUAGCGGUAAUAUCAUU